GAAUAAGUAAGUUUAGUUACUUCUCCACCCAAAAGCAGCAGCAGCAGCUAGCAGCGCCUACGCGCGUGACUGGUAACUCAUGCUCUCAAUCUCAACUCAAGUCGCCGUCGGGUCAUCAGGCAGUAAAGUCGAAUGAAGAGUUGAAGACGCAAUGCGCGACAGCGGCAAGAUCGCCAAUCCUCAAGUACAGGUUGCAUCAGCAGCGAAACGUUUUGGCUGCAAAGAUUUUCGAGUGCCCAGCGGAGCCAAAGAGAGGAUCUAGGAAGAACUACGGGUAAGGAGCCCGUCUUCCAGCUCCUACCGACCACCGAGCUCUCCAAUAUUGAACCCGCAGAGCUCUCUGACAGACGAGAAACAGAAUCGACUUUCUCAGCAGCAUCGUUUGACGAUUCAGGUUAGGUGGAAGUCGACAUUCAGCGAACAGCAACACCCAGGAAGGACUAUGAGUAUGUAUAGUAAGGAGCUGGGCAAGACGACGCUCAAACCGCGUGGCAUCCUGGACCAUGAGGUGGGACCAACGUCGCUUCCAGGCUCGUAUUAUUCCUAUUCGUACGCUCGUGAGCGUGGCGCUCGUCAACCGGACCGCGCGACACCAGCGCCGCCGCAAGGCCAGAUGGUGUUCUUCAGAAACAACCCGCACCCGGUUCGAGUGAAGCACUUCAAGGGCCUGUGCGACGCGCCCAUCUGUAUGGUCCAGGACGCACGCACGGAGGGCCACAGGGUGCUGAUGUCCGCACCGAGUGGCGACCAGCGACUGAAGCAGCCGCCGGCACGCGUCAGCUCCGGCCCGACCACUCGCUACGGUGCAAACACCAGCAAGAUGACGCCCGCCGUCGGUGCUGUUCCGGUCACAUACGCAUGGAAGGACGAACUGGAAAACAUGGCAAAGGGCAUAGUGGACAAGGCUGCAUCCAACGAGCUUGACAAAGAGGACACUCUCAGAAUGGUGUACGGCGAAGUGGAUGAGUAUAAGAUUUUGGCGAUGCUGUGUCGCAUUCUGCAAACGGACUCCAUUCCCACGGUGCAAGAAUGGCUGAAGGGCGCUUCGGAGACGGAGAAAGGCAUCGUCCUGAACAUGAUUCGCAUGGCUGCAACUGGAGAGGUGCGAAUUGGUGACCUCAGAGCAAACCCGCAGAUGACGUCAAGCGGUUCGUCACGGAAAAACUACAAGGAGGAAUGUAUUGAUGACGAUGAUCGCGACGAGGCACACCUCGCAAGAGUCGGUCUACGACCACAGGUGAAGCUCGGGUCGAGCAGAGUCCGCAGCCGCCACACUCUUCCUGGUGCAAUGCCAGUCGGAGAGCUACGCCAGCGCAGCCAGCCAGGAAUGAUAAGGACGGCAAUGGACGAGCGCGCUUAUCUCGACAGUUCACAUGCUCGUGGAUUAUCAUUGCCAGUUGUAAACAUGGAUGGCCAAUUGUCUAUGCUGCCGACGAUAAAUAAUGGCCUGUCACGAAAGCAGCAACGGUCAAGGCAGAAAAUCGUCGAUGCUCCGCGUAAUGGCCAUAGUGUUCCUAAAGCACAGCAAGUAGCUGGUGGUCAUCUUUCUGUAAGCAACCACAGCGCCAAUAGGAAGAGCAAGCGUCAUGAAGACGAAGCAAGGAAGCGAGCGCAGGAGGCCAAGGCCAAGGCACAGAAAGUUGGUCGCAUCGCCUAUCCCGAGUACUGGACUCCGCAGUAAGAUGCUCGAGAUCUGCGGGCAGUGCUUGUGUGUGUGUGUGUGUGUGUGUGUGUGUGUGUGUGUGUAUGUGUGUGUGUAUGUGUGUGUGUGUACGAGAUAGAGGGUGUGUGUGUGUGUGUGUGUGUGUGUGUGUGUGUGUGUAUGUGCAUGUGGAUGUAUAUGAGUUUGUGUAUGUGUCCACGCGUGCACUGCACACAUGCACACGAGCGUGGAAUAUGGAACACAUAAUUGGAACAACCCCCACCUCACCCCCCCCCCCCCACACACACACAGCAAUGGUGCUUCAGAUUCUUCCUGCUUUGGAUCCAGGCCACGGUCAGGUGAGCAUCUUACGCUGGCUCCCGUAUCAGGGCUGGGCUGGACCAAACAUCAUUCAAAGACCGCUAUCUCAUCGCUGGCUCCCCUAUCAGGGCUGGGCUGGACCAAACAUCAUUCAAAGACCGCUAUCUCAUCGCUGGCUCCCGUAUCAGGGCUGGGCUGGACCAAACAUCAUUCAAAGACCGCUAUCUCAUCAGACAUCCCGUGCAUAGUCUGCGAUGUAAAUUGAAAACCCAGUCACAUGCUUGCAUUUCAGCAUUUUUUGGAACGCCUAGAAAAACGGAUUCUGUCCAUCGCCCGUCCAUGCAAUACAUCGCCCGUCCAUGCAAUACCCAGUGCAGUGCCGUAUCCCAAUGUCUGAUUCCCAUCCACCUCCGUACUGCCUGUACACCUAGUGUAUACGUACUGUACACUGCAUGAAUUGUCAGAUGCGUUCAUGUAUAUAGCAGCUCCGUUCUACCGACAUGUACAUGCAGGACGUCGUAGUUCGUUUUCAGGUACUUUGAUCUAGUAAUCAGCCAUUUUUAUCCUGCCUGUACACUGCCUGUAUACGUACUGUACACUGCAUGAAUUGUCAGAUGUGUUCAUGUAUAUAGCAGCUCCGUUCUACGCACAUGCACAUGCAGGACGUCGUAGUUUGUUUUUCGGGUACCGUUUGAAGUGCAAAUCUAGUAUUCAGCUAUCACUCUCGCUACACGUACAGUUCAUUCUGUUCGUCUGGCUGCUGUCCAGUAUGUAUCGUAAGCCAGCCAGUAGCGCACAUCGUCUGGCCUUCAUUGAACUCGGCGUAUUCUGCACAAAGAUGAAGUUAAGUUUGCCGGUA